GGCCCCGAUCCCACAGCAGCCCCCCGGCGCUGGCCCUGGCCGCGGCCCUGCUGCUCCUCGGCCUCGGCGUCCUCCUCAUCCUCACCGGCGGCGUCGGCCUCGUCCACGACCCCCUGUUCUGCGUGCUCGUGGUGUUCUCCUUCAUAUCGGCCGUGGAUCUGCUGAUCGCGCUGGAGGAGGACGGGCUCAUCUCGGGCUUCAUGGAGCUCUACGUGCGGGAGGGCGAUCCCCACCUGCGCACGGCUCACGGGCUCCUCACCUGCUACUGGGACGGCACCGUGCACUACGGGCUGUGCCUGGCCAUGGCCGCGGCCGCGGGGCGCAGGAAGAACUACCGGGGGCUGGGUCUCUUCUGGCUGGGCUCGCUGCUGAUGAGCGCCGUGGUUUUCCUGCUGGGCAACCUGAUCGGGAAAUACAGCCCCGAGCUGAGCCCGUCCUUCCUCCUCAACCUGCCCUACCUCCUCCUCCUCACCUGGGCCGGCCUCCGGCUGUUCCGGCAGCCCCGGGCGCGGCCGAGCCUCAGCCCCGAGCAGAUCGCAGAGGAGCAGCGCAAACGCCUCUACCAGCGGCCCCAGGACCUGCUCCUCAUCCUCAUCCUCAUCCUCACCGCAGCCUUCACCUUCUUCAGGGGGAUGGUGGUGCUGGACUGCCCGGCCGAUUCCUGCUUUGACUACACGUACCUGCACGAGCCCUACCUGCGCGACCCCGUGGGUUACCCCAAAGUGCAGAUGCUGAUCUACCUGUUCUACCUGCUGCCCUUCCUCAUCCUCGCCAUCUACGGGCUGGCCGUGCCCGGCUGCUCCUGGCUGCCCGACUGGAGCCUGGUGUUCGCGGGAGCCGUGGCGCAGGCUCAGUUCGCCCACCUGGGCUCCUCGCUGCACUCCCGCACGCCGUUCCCGUACCAGACCCCCGAGGAGGUGCUCUGGAGUUUCCUGCUCUCCAACGCCCUGUACGCGCUGGGCCCGCAGCUCCUGGCGCUGCGCUGCCUGCGCGCCCCGGCCUUCUUCGCGCCCCCGGCCGGCCCGGGCCUGGCCCGCGCCAAAAAGUGCCAGUGACGGGUCCGGCUGGUGCCCCGGGGCUGCUGGCACCACCCUGGGACUGCUGCCACCUCUCUGGGUCUGCCGGCACCUCCCUGAGGCUGCAGUCACACGCUGUGUCCCCACCCCGGGGAUCCCGCCCGGUGCCUCUCGCCCCGCUCUGAGCUGGCAGCGGAGAUGUCCCCAGAGAUGUCCCCAAGGUUGUCCCUAGGGGUGUCCCCAGGGUGUCCCCCAAGGUGUCCCCAGAGAUGUCCCCAAAAGUGUCCCCAGGGAUGCUCCGGUCCCCCAAAAGCUGUGGGGGGACCUCGGGACGCUCGGCGGGGACAUCGCUGCAGUCACAGCCCCGCCCGUGUGGGGCUGGCGGGGCCGCGCUCCCUCCCGGUGGGUCCCAAUCCCGUCCCGGUCCUGUCCCGGUGGGUCCCGGUCCUGUCCCGGUCCCGUCCCGGUGCCCCGGCUCGGGCUGGGAGGGUUCGGGGGUGGCGACAGCGCCGGGGCGACGUUGGUGACAAAAUAAAGGAGCCAAAGUUCGCUCCGA